UCGUGUUCAUGGGGCCUAGGGUUCUUCCAGGUUUUCCAUGGAAGAUGGAGCUCGCAUCGAUUUGGCAGAGCCGCUGCUGGAUGGGAACAAGCCCGGCGACCUCCAGCCGGGCGCAUUGGAUAGCUUGAAUUACGAAAUCGUGGAGAAUGAUCUGUAUCGGCAAGACUGGCGAUUAACUUCGCGAUUCGGCAUACUCCAUUACACAAUCUGCAAGUGGAUCCUGGUAUUUCUGGUUGGAUUUUGGACCGGCGUCGUGUCUCUCUUGAUCAAUGUGGCUGUGGAGAACAUUGCUGGGACGAGAUUUCUUGCGACAGUCGAUUUGAUGGCUUCUAACAGAAUCGCUAUGGCUUUCGCUGUCUAUGCCGGAAGCAAUAUCGUGCUGGUUCUACUAUCGGCUUUACUUUGCAUUUACGUUGCUCCAGAAGCGGCAGGAUCCGGAGUUCCGGAAGUCGAAGCUUAUCUCAAUGGUGUCGAUUGCUCCUCGGCCUUGAGUUUCAACACAUUUUUUGUCAAGGUGGUAGGAAUUGUUGGUGCUCUUUCGAGCGGUCUUAUGUGUGGUAAAGCUGGGCCUUUGGUUCAUAUGGCCGCUUGUAUAGCGGUUUUCUUCGGGCAGCCUGGUUUUACACAUCGUUUGCUGGGUUUUACGAAGCUAGAUCUUCUUGACAACGAUAAAAACCGUCAGGAUCUCGUCGCUUGCGGAGCUGCCGCGGGGCUUGCUGCGGCUUUUCGAGCACCCAUCGGUGGAGUUCUGUUUGCUUUGGAAGAAGCUGCCUCAUGGUGGAGAAGCGCGCUGCUAUGGAGGACCUUCUUUACAACUGCAGUCGUCUCCUACGUCCUGAGAAUCGGCAUUCACUGGUGCCGCCAUGGUCACUGUGGAAGCUACGGAAAGGGUGGCUUGAUACUUUUCGACGUAGGAGACGCGCGAGUAAACUAUGGUUUGCUCGAGCUAGUUCCAGUCGCAAUUCUGGGUGUUAUAGGCGGCACACUGGGAAGCUUGUACAACCAUCUUCACGCGCAUUUCUUCUUGUUCAACACAAAGUGGCAAAGCAGAAAAGGAGUUUUUGCCAAGCUCUUUCAUGCUGCGCUGGUAGCGUUUAUCACUUCUAUCUGCAGCUUUGGCCUUCCUUGGCUUGCCCCAUGCCGGCAAUGCCCCCCAAAUAACGAAGAAUGCCCGACUCACGGACGCGUUGGAAACUACAAAGCUUUCAACUGUCCUCCUGGUCACUACAACGAUCUGGCCGGGCUUAUAUUCAACACCACCGAGGACGCGAUACGAAACCUUUUCAGCCUUGGUACGCCCUUCGAGUACAACUAUAUCACGCUGCUGAUCUUCACGGCUUCGUCCUAUAUGCUCGCCUUGAUGACUUACGGGAUCCUCGUUCCAUCGGGGUUAUUCGUUCCGGCAAUUCUCUGUGGAGCAACUUAUGGCCGGCUCGCUGGCAUGGUGAUGGUUUCGAUAUUUGGACACGACCGUCUGGACGAGAGCAUGUACGCUAUCAUCGGUGCUGCUUCUUUCCUCGGUGGCUCCAUGAGGAUGACGGUCUCUCUCUGCGUCGUCAUUCUGGAGCUCACGAACAACUUAUCGAUGCUUCCGCUGGUGAUGUUUGUGCUGCUCAUCUCCAAGGUGGUCGGGGACUGUUUCAACAAUGGGAUCUUCAAGCUCCACAUCGACAUCAAGGGGUUUGAUUUUCUCAAGGAGGCUCCUCCUCCGUUUAGGUCCCAGCUUACAGCUCGUGAUGCCAUCCUGACGCCUCCAGUGACACUGUACCGCGAAGAGAAGAUUGGGAGAAUUCUUGACGUCCUCUCCGCCUGUUCCUACAACGCCUUUCCGGUGCUGGAUCGUGAACCCGACGGCAAGGACAGGUUUUUCGGGAUGGUUUUGCGAGCUCACAUCCACGUCCUCCUGGAGAUGAGAUCCGCGAACUCGCCGAAGAAGAUCGCAGUGAAAACCGUGAGAAAACACCCGGCUGCUCAACGAUCUCUCUCGGGGAAUUGUUUGGAGGUGGAGAGCCUGCUCGAUCUAACUCCAGUCGUGAACCAGUCGCCUUACACGGUGUUAGAGACACUGUCACUGGCAAAGACGUACUCUCUCUUCCGGCAGCUUGCGUUGAGACAUCUUUGUGUUCUUUCCAAGAACAAGGAGGGAUCUCCCGUGGUGGGAGUGUUAACGAGGCACGAUUUUAUGCAAAGCUCUCUCUGGAAGAAGCAUCCACAACUGGGACGUUUAUCUUCUUUCCGGAUUUUGGAGUGAUGAUGAACGACGGAGCUGGAUUUUGUUUAGUCCGACGGCUGCGAUUCGCGAUCAACUUACUCUCAGAUCAAAACUAACCUCUGUUUAAUACAAAUAAGAUCUUAGUCGACA